UGGAGGAGCAUCAUCAUUUAGACCCCUCAUUAUGGCCAGCUAAUACCAAACCACCAUCCGAUCUGGACCAUUCCAUGAAAAUUGAUCUGGAAAACACUACCAUUCAACCUAUUCAACCAGUGAAGGUCAGACUGUCCACCAAUAGCCGGCAGUCCAGUCCCUCUCCAUUGAGGCUGAGGACACAUAGUGUGGAGGAACGACCACAGCCCUAUGCAUCACCACUCCAGGAUUUGAAAACACAUAAUGUGGAGGAACAACCACGGCUCAAAACAACAAGGACCCGCGCAUCAUCACUACGGGAUCUGAGAGUUUAUAGGACUGUGCAACAUUCUCUAAAGAGACCAGGAGAGAGAUCCAGCUCAGCUAAACUAUACAGACAGGGUAGAAGUGUCCCGUAUCGAAGUCCUGUCGAGUCACAGACAAGAAUAUCUGCAAGAAAAGAUAUAUCGGUGAUCUCCAGUCAACAGUGUCACCUUCAAUCACAGUGUGCUAUGAGAUCCAAUGUUCGAAAACCUUCACCCCUGACUUUGAUCAACACACAGCAGGAUUCAAAAUAUCGCACAAGAUCUCGAGUGAAACUGUUGAAGCAGAACAACAAAAGCCCUUGUCCUGUUCAUGGGAAUAUUGUGCUUGGUGUGAGAACACAAACUAAAGGUCCAAAACAUCAAUCCACACCAAAGAUACCACAAUCUCAAGUGGUCAAGAAAAUGGUUUCUCGAGCCAAAGAAGGUAAAUCAAAGCUAAGUCUCUCUAAACUUACUCGAUCCAAAAGCAGAACUCCAACCAGAGACAGAUUCUCUCAUAAACCAAAUGAUAAACCUCUCAUCUCCAGAGUUAAGAGACAGAUAAUGGUUGACUUCUCACCAGACAAGAGUAAAACAGACAAGAAGAUGAUCACAAGAAACAAGAAGGGAGUGAAGGAUGCAGGCACCAAAAAGAACAAACAACGUGGUAUCAUGGCAGGAAUAAGGAAUCUGACAGCAAGUAUCCAACAGAGGUUCUCCAAGAAAGGGAAGAGGCAACAAGUAGAUUUAGAUUUGACAAAGUCUUCAAAAGUUGAAAGUACCAGUGGUGUUCAGUGGGUGGAACUUAAUUCUGAGCAAAAGACAGUUCUGUUCACAGGAGCCACUGAACCAUUGAAUACUUCAUUGGCGGUAAACUGCUUUGGGACCCGCAAGGUCAAGAUAACAAAGAAGCCUGUCAAAUAUGACGAGAAACAAGCUAAGAUGGAAAGAGUCACCAUAUCAUCACCAAGGAUACCAAAUCCACUGAUCCCAGUAACAGCUGUUACUCAUACAACUGCUUUGGCAUCACCUCAACACAGUUUCACAGCCAGUGAACCCAUGAACUACACUACAGAUGCUACAUCCUCAGCUCCUGUUGUUAAGUCUACAAAAACUAGUACAACUGAUUUGAAUAUCUACAAGAUAUCAUCUCCAGCAGCUAAGAUAAACUCAACAUGUCUACAAUCACCAAUAAAAGCAAUGUAUGUGCCAGCUCCAAAGACAACAAUAACAACAGCUCCAAAGACAACACAAAGAACAGCUCCAAAGACAACACCAUCAACAGCCCCAAAGCCAAUACCACCAACAGUUCCAAAGACAACACUAACAACAAUUCCAAAGACAGCAUUAACAACAAUUCCAAAGACAACACCACCAACAGCUCCAAAGACAACACUAACAACAGCUCCAAAGACAACACCACCAACAUCCCCAAAGAUAAUACUACCAAAGCAAGUAGAAGCAGUCAUUUCAAACAUGAAGACUCUAGAGAAAGCAGCACCAGGGGAUCCAGUUACACAUACAUUUAAGACUCUGUCUCCAUCACCAAUACUUUCUCUUCUAACCUCCACAUCAGAAGGAAAAGAAACAGGAGGGACUUCAUUACAGACAGUGAUUUCAGCAACAGCCAUGUCUUCAGUGAAGAUGCUGCCUCCUUCAGCUAAGCAUUCUACAUCCUCUGCAAAGACACCAUCACCUUCCACUAUGAUGUCAUCACUACUGAUUUCAUCUCCAAAACCUCAAUUAUGCAUUCAUGAGCCACAGUCUGCAUCACCAACUCACCAAUAUUCAGCAGAGGUGUCCAGUGCUUGUAUAGCAUCACAAAUGAAAUCCUCUACAUUACAGAUGUCAUCAGCAGGACGACUUACAAGAGAGUCACCGAUACAGACAUCAGUAGUAAAACCUACAAAAUCACCAUUACCACUGUUGAAAAGUCCAAAACAAGUUAUUUCAUUGUCAUCAUCAAAAACACCCACUCUAACAACAACUAUGUCAUCAUUCAAGUUGCUGUCACCUUCAGCUAAGCAUUCUAUAUCAGGUCAAAAAACACCUUCCACUAAAAUGUCAUCACCAUCAGUUUCUCAACUGCCUGUCCUUGACGAAAAAUCAGCAACAUCCAAUGACGAAUAUUUAGCAAGGAUGUUGCAUGCUUGUACAGUAUCAGAAUUGAGAUCAUCUUCUGGGCUGUUGCAACCGUUAUCAAGAAUGAUAGUGUCUGUUUCUAAAGCUUCAUUACCGUCAACACCAUCCCAACUGACAACUCCAGAGCUGCCAAACCUUGUGACAUCAGCACCAACCACACAACUUGCCAAAGACCAAGAACAGUCAGUGUCAAGUAUCAGUUCUGGAUGUAAUUCAGAACCAUUCACAAUGUCGGUGCCAAUGUCUCAUGGUGCGUCUCCAUCAACAAAUCAAGAGCUGGACUUUUCUCCAUCUGUGACAAAGUCACAAGUACAGCAUCCGUGUUCAAGAAACCAACACCUCUCAAUCGAACAUCAGACCAUUGUCGAGACAGAGACCAAUAUGGAUGUUGAAAGUUAUUCACAGACUUCAACUCUACUGCCUGCAAUGACUGUGGCACAUGCAGUAGUGCCACUUCUAUCUAUAACUCAACAGCAGCCAAACAUUCUGAUGAACAAUGGGCAGAAAGUAUCCCCAAGUUGUGGUCAGCAUAUAUUCCAAUCAGCUUCAGUGAUCUAUUCCACAUCACCCUCUUCAUUUGCAGAAACGUCAUAUUUGAAAACCAACAGUAUCAUGGAAGGAGCACAUACCUAUGGAGAUAUGUCAUCAGCUUUAUCCCAGAGGAUGUCCUAUAUAAAUCCAACAGAAAGUGUAGUGUCACCAAUGUACAAACCCCCACUCGCCAAACCUUCCUGUCUUUAUGAAGGUACAUCAUUGUUUAGACCACAUACAUCCAUGGCAAUUGAGGAAUUCACCAGGCCACUUUCAGUCACAAUCCCUGACUGCAAUCCUGUCCAUGGAAUGAGCAACUUCAAUUCCAAUGCUUUGUCGUACUACAAACAUUCGGGCACCUUCCACAGCAGUUACCUCCAGUACCAGACUGAGGACCCAGUGAUGACACAAACAGCAUUGUCAAAGUUUCAGAAAACUCAACCAAACAUUUCAACAUGGUAUUCCAACCUCCAGUCAAAUCCAGUGGACUUGCCAUGUUAUGAAACCUUUGAUGACAGAAAAUAUCCCUUCCAGAGCACAGCAUGUAGAGAAACAAUGACACAGACCAAUUUGUCCAUGCCAUCUGAGACCAGUCUCCCUGUGCUUUCCAUGAUGGACCUAGUAGACGGUGGUAUGAAUCUAACAAGUACCUCAGAAAAAAACACAUCCCUCAACGAAAGCAGUACAGCUGUGAAAGAAUGGGGUGCCUUAUGCACUGUUGAUUCAUCUCAGGAUCAUACUUCAUCAACUGUCUUACAAACAAUACCAGCAGGCAAAGAAAACGUUUUUGGUGCUUCCCAGUAUCCGCAAACACCAGCCAGUAUCUGCAAACACCAGAGUGAGGCUACCCUUGAUGAAGACAUCCACUCUAUUGAGAAGUCAGUGCCAACACUAGAGUCAAGGAAAAGACUCUACGUAGAUUCUUCCAUGGCAGAUAGUACAUGUCUAGCAGUGAAAAAGCAGAAAACACCAUCUGGUGAGACUUUAGGAUCACCAUUGUUAUUGCCAUGCAAAAAGGUCACCACCUCACAGCCAACUCGUACACAGGACUAUUCUGACUGCACCUACAUUGAAAGUAUCCUAUCAGAUCGCCCAUGCAAUGUCCGAAGUGGUGUAUACAGUGAAGACUUUUCCAGCAAAUCCACUAAGGAAAUCAUCGCUGAAUAUUACAAUACUAGCAAUUUCAAGCGAUCCAGAGGAAAGCCCCACCUUGUGAGCCGAGAUCUUGUUUGGCGUCUCUUCACUGUGGCAGAACUGUAUGGAAAUCGCUUCAACACUUUGAAUUCUGCUACCACAGAGUCCAUUCAUCUCAGUGUCCUGGACAGGACCCAGUGCGAUGAACUAACUUGGAGAGGAACAUGUAUCCCAUUCAUCAACCACUCGAUCCGCGGUUUUUUCCGUACCAAGUUUCGGGAGAAUGAUCUUCUCUUCCAGCACAAGUGUGAUUCAAGUGUGUGUUAAAAUUGUGAUGUUCGGUAUUUAUCUGGAUGUCUUGAAGGAGUGAAACAUCAGUGAAAAAUUUAAGUGUUGAAAAUUUCACUGUCAAGGAUUUCUUUUCUUAUUCAAAACCUGCCAUGAAAAAUGAAUAGAAAACUAUUACUGGGACAUACUUCUUUUGUUGCAGAGUAUUUAUAUAUUAGCU